UUCCGCCGAGGUGGCUAUGGACGCCCUGACAUCCUACCUCCUCCACCACUUGAUACAGGAUUCCCAAUCCAAGAACCGCUUCCACCACCACUUCCACCCAGUGGUGGUGGAUAUGGACGCCCUAGCUAUGGUGGCGGUGGAUUUGGUGGCCCAAGCGGAUUUACCUCUGUCAACGUUUACGAUCGUCCCUCUGGUGGUGGUUAUGGAAGACCCAGUGGAGGUUAUGGAAGACAAAGUUUCGGCGAUGAUGGCGGUUUCGGAGGCGGAAGCGGUUUCUCAGGACCAUUCGGCGCUGGAAAGUAACAAUCUCAAAUUUUCUGCUUGGCACGGGUAAUC